AUGGAUAUACGUUUUUGCGUAUACAUCGUGGCCUUGCUACAUAUCUACACGGCGGUGGCUGAGCCAAUACCAUUGCAAAACCAAUCAGCCGAAUCUGAAAAUCAUAGACAUUUCAGCCAUGAAACCCAUCAAGCACAUAACGAAGUGAACGGUCAAGAACAUUCCGAACAUCACCAAUCCCACGAAUUUAAGAGGAAUGGAGAAGAAUCUUAUAAAGCAACAGAAGAACACAGGAAGAAUUCCGAAUCUAAAGAAUCAGACGAAGAACAUCACAAUGGACAUGGUGUCGUUAAUUCUGAAAAUCAAUCAGUUGAAUCUGAACAUCAUAGACAUUUCAGCCAUGAAACCCAUCAAGAAGUACAUAAUGAAGGGAACGGUCACGAAAAUUCCGAACAUCACCAAUCCCAUGAAUUUAAGACAAAUGGAGAAGAAUCUUAUAAAGCAGCAGAAGAAUACAGGAAGAAUUCCGAAUCCAAAGAGUCAGACGAAGAACAGAAGGAACAUGGUCAACAUUAUCUUGCUGUAGUGCGUUCCAAUCAAGAAAGGCCCAGACAUGGACUUUUGGAUAAUCAUCAUAAUGGACAUGGGAGUAUUAAUCCUGCUGGCGUGAAUACAGCUAAUCAACAUCCAAUAUCAAAAUUACUACAGGACAUAACAGAAAUAUCUGAUCAACAUGAAUUGAGAGAAGUGCUCUUUGAACUGACAGGCUUUAGAGAUCACAGAGAAGUGUACGACUUUCUUAAAUGCUGCAAAGGGACCAGAGGUUUCAAAUUCUUAAUACGUUUCUGUAAGAAAUUUGAAGGAUAUUCGAAUCUAAAAAUCAUUGUGCAACUCUUGAAAUGCCUUACAAAUGAAACAAAUGUUUUUUCUGCAUUUAAAGUUGUUAAACGAAUGACUGGUCAUAACGACUUCGAUGGUAUCGUGGAAAUUUUACAAAAAAUGUCUGGAAGAAAGAGUAUAUCUGAUAUCAUUGAUUUCUUUAACCACGAUGUCGAUCAUGCUCGAGGUAUCGAUGGAGUUCGUCGUCAAAUCGACAAGUUAACAGGAGGUCUCGGUCCUGCAGAAUUUGCGAACGUUUUUGAAGCUUUAAGAUCAGAAAUUGAUAUAGGCGAAGCUGUCGUUUCUUUCACGAAACUAGUUGGAAGAAGAAGUUCCUCUAAAGCCAUCAAUCUAAUAAAACAAGUUACUGGAUCAACGCAUUUGAGAUAUGCGUUAGAAGAGCUUGUUCAAGAGACUGCUCAAGUUAGUCUAAAAUUGAUGGUAGAAACCUUGUACCAGCUGACAGGUAAAACUGAUCUGGAGCACGUACAGACAGAAUUUCAACGACUUUUCCAACUCGACAAUAUAAUAAAAGUAAUGGCAAAGAUGAACAAAAUCACGAAAAAACGAGACCCUCUUAUUGUGUUUGCCGCUCUUCUAGAUAUCACACAGACUACAAAUUUGAAUGACUGUAGUGCAUCCAUUACAGGGUUGACGUUUAGACAAAUGUCAGCUUUGGAUAUAAUGCACGAAAUCCAAAUACAAACUGGAAGGAGCGACACUUUGGAUAUUCUAAGGAAAUUAAUCUCCUUUACCGGUACUAAUGAUAUUUUCGUUUUAAUUGAGAAGUUCAAAGUAUAUACUUCGGUCGACUUCAUUUACUUCUUCCAAACCUUACAGCGCUUUACAAACACGACCAACAUGCGUCUAGCUGUUGAGAAAAUAAGGGAGCUGUUGAAAGUAAAAGGUUUCUUUGAAUGGAUCGACAUUAUUCACAAGAUUGUGCGUAUAGAUUUCAUCAAGUUCUUCGAAGCUUUUACAAGUUUGAGCACUCGAUUCUUAUUGCAAGAUGCUAUUGUCAUCACACAAGAAUUCACAGGAGUUAAUGAACCUAUUGGAGCUAUAGCGGCAUUGAGAGCAGCCACGGAGCAAAGCGAUAUACUUCAAGCGAUAAUAUAUGUAAAAACGAAACAUCACAGGCGCGAAACAGCGACUACAACAACUACAACUCCAAAACUAGCUCCAAUAAAACAUGCACCUAUAACACCUGCACUAACAACACCAGCACCAAUAACAUCUGCAACGAUAACACCUGCCCCAAUAACAGCAGCACCAAUAACAUCUGUCCCAAUAACGCCAAUAAUAUUUGAACCAAUAACUUUCCGUUAUCCUACUAAACAAAGAAAACCUAGCAAUCAAAGAAGCGAGCAAGAUUAUUCAUGGUCACAAAGUUCUUCAAAUUCUUAUAGUAACUCAUAUGGAUCAGGAUAUCCUGAUAGCCAGAGUGGUCCUAAUCUACAAACGCCUAUCGAGCAACAAGAACCUUAUACCAAUACAGGACUGCAGUCAAGAAAACAAACAUCAACUCCUGAACCUUCAGAACAGAACCAACAACAAUCUUCUCUAGAAAAACAGCUGUCUCCAGAACAACAGCCACAUCCUUCUGAAGAGCAGCCUACAAAAAAAUCUCCCACAGUCACUCCAAAUAAUAAACAUCUAAAUCAACAACUUACACGAGGUCAAAGACCUCCUCUUAUAUCUUCAGAACAACAACCAUCUCCUUCUGGAGAACAACCUUCCUCUGCAUCUUCCAACUCAGAAACACCUACAAAACCAUCGCCUGAAAUAAACUCUCAAUCUGCGUCUGAACAACAAGAACCAUCUCAAUCUGGAGAGCAACCUGUAAAACAACCUUCUUUAGUAUCCUCAAAAAUAAAAGAACCAGAACAACAACAUUCAUCCUCCGAUACCUCACCAGUACAAAUAUCACUACCAGCAUCUGUGCAACAACAACCAUUUACAGAACAACAACAAUCGCAGGAACAACAUACAUCUCCUGGAGAUCAACGUGUAGACCAAAAUGUAUCCCCAAAAACACAAAAGACAGGACAAGAACGAUCAUCCAACGAUGAACGACAAUCACCUGAACAAAGCAUACCAAGUGCAUCUCUGCAACAACAACUAUCUCCAGAACAACAUUCGUCACGUCCUGAAGGUCAAACUGUAAAACAACCGAUAUCCCCAGAAAUGGAGACGCCAGAACAACAUCCCUCGUCCCCCGAUGAACCACAAUCAUCUGAAGGAAAUUUACCACCAGCCUCUGUCCAACAACAAUCAUCUCUAGAAAAACAAUCACCUUCUCCUGAAAAACAACCUGCAGAGCAAUCUAAGUCAGUCUCCCUAAAAACAGAACAGUCAGGACAACAACCCUCUGAUGAACAACAAUCACCUAAGCAAAGUCCACAACCUGCAUUUAUAAAACAACGACCAUCUCAAGAACCACAACCAUCUAUUUCUAAAGAGCAACCUUCUUGGGAUUACUCAAAAACAGAAAAGACGGGACAACAACCAUCAUCCCCCGAAGAACAACAAACACCUGAACAAAGCAUACCAAGUGCAUCUCUGCAACAACAACAAUCUCCGGAACAACAAUCAUCACCUCCUGAAGAUCAACCUGUAAAACAACCGAUAUUCCCGAAAGCGGAGACGCCAGAACAACAUCUCUCAUCCACAGGUGAACCACAAUCAUCUGAAGAAAAUUCACCACCAGCCUCUGUCCAACAACAAUCACCUAAGCAAAGUCCACAACCUGCAUUUAUAAAACAACGGCCAUCUCAAGAACCACAACCAUCUCUCUCUAAAGAACAACCUUCUUGGUAUUACUCAAAAACAGAAAAGACGGGACAACAACCAUCAUCACCCGAUAAACAACAAUCACCUGAAGAAAGCACACCAAGUGCAUCUCUGCAACAACAACAAUCUCCGGAACAACAAUCAUCACCUCCUGAAGAUCAACCUGUAAAACAACCGAUAUCCCUGAAAACGGAGACUCCGGAACAACAUCAUACAUCCUCCGAUGAACCACAAUCAUCUGAAGGAAAUUCACCACCAGCACGUUUCCAACAACAAUCAUCUCUGGAAAAACAAACAUCUUUGCCUGAAAAACAAUCUACAGAGCAACCUAAGUCACUACAAACAGAACAGUCAGGACAACAACCCUCUGAUGAACAACAAUCUCCAGAACGACAAUCACCACCUCCUGAAGAUCAACCUGGGAAACAAUCAACAUCCCCCAAAAGGGAGACGCCAGAACAACAUUCUUCAUCCCCCGAGGAAAAACAAUCAUCUGAAGGAAAUUCAGCACAGGCACUUGUCCAACAACAAUCAUCUCUGGAAAAACAACCAUCUUCUUCUGAAAAACAACCUGCAGAGCAACUUAAGUCAGUAUCACUAAAAACAGAACAGUCAGGACAACAACCAUCUGAUAAACAACAAUUACCUAAUCAAGACCCACAACCUGCAUUUGUAAAACAACAGCCAUCUCAAGGACCACAACCAUCUCUUUCUGAAGAGCAACCUUUUUUUAAUUCCUCAAAAACGGAACAGUCACUACAACAACCGUUACCUACUGUUGAACAACAAUCGCCUAAGCAAAGUUCAUCACUUACAUCAGAACAACAACAAUCAUCUCCUUCUACGAAAGAACAUACACCACUAUCAUCAAUAGAAUCGACAAAUAAAGAACAGCCAAUACAACAACCAUCAACCCAGAAUGAACAACAAUCACCUAAACAAAGCACAUCAUCUGCGCCUGCAUCUCCGGAACAACAAACAUCUUCUAUUGGAGAUCAAUCAGUAUCCCCAAAAAGAGAAAAGCCAGAUCAACAAUCAUCAUCGCACGAUGAACAUCAAUCACCUGAACGACAACCAUCUCUUUUCGGGGAACAACCGACAGAACAAACUUCCAUAUCUCCAAGUACACAAAAUGCAUCACCUGUAUCUGAUGAACAAACAACGUCCUCUUCUGGAGAACAACCUGCACAACAAUCACCAAUAGAGUCCCCAAAUAAAGAACAACCAGAACAACAACCAUCAUCUUCUAGUGAACAACAAUCACCGGAACAAAACUCAGUACCUGCAUCUCCACAACAACAGCCAUCACAAGAACAACAACCAUCUCUUUCCAAAGAAAAACCUACUGAACAAACUUUCACAUCUCCAAGUGAACAACAACCCUCUGAACAAAAGACAUCACCUGUUUCUUCAGAAGAAACAACAUCCUCUUGUGAAGAACAACCAGUACAGCAAUCACCAAUAGAAUCGCCAAAUAAAAAACAGCCAGAACAACAAACAUUACCUUCUAGUGAACAACAAUUACCUAAACAAAACUCAUUACCUACAUCUGCACAUCAACAGCCAUCACAAGGACAACAACCACAUCUUUCCGGGGAACAACCUUCAUCAUCUCCAAGUGAACAACAACUUCCUGAAAAAAGUACAUCAUCUGCAUCUCCAGAACAAAAAACAUCUUCUGGAGAACCUACGCAACAAACAACAAUAGAGUCUCCAAAUAAAGAAAAGCCAGUACAACCAUUAACUCCUAGUGAACAACAAUCUCCUGAGCAAAACUCCCUACCUGCAUCUCCACAACAACAGACAUCUCCUUCUAGUGAACCACCUGCAAAAGAACCUUCAGAAUCUCCAAAUAAGCAAGAACCUGUUAAGCAACCUUCAUCCCCUAGUGAGCAACAGUUACCUGAACAAAGCCCAAUUACUGCUCCUACACAACAUAAAUCUUCUUCAGAAAAGCAACCAUCUCCUUCUGUAGAACAACUAGCAGAACAAGCUUCUACAGAAUCGCCAAUUAUAAAUCAGACAGCACCACCCCAAUUACCUCCUGUUGAUCAAGAAUUACCUAAACAAAACCCAUCACCUCAGUCUUCAAAUCAAAACUCAACUUCUUCAUCUUCACAACAAGAACCUUCUACAGAAACACCUUCUUCGGAACCAUCACCUACUAAACCACAAUCUCCUAACGAAAACUCAUCAGAUACAUCUUCACAACAACAAUCUUCUCCUCAACAAAAUUCCUCAUCUUCAUCUCCCGAACCUUGUGAAGAACCUGUUUCUGAAAAAACUCCUGCUAUUUCUGAAUCUAAACCACAAAAUAGUUCUAAAGACUCUCUCGAACCAGAACCAAAAAAUAAUUUAGAUUCUAGCACCAACUCUACACAAUAUUCAAGAAAUGAAAGUCAAUCAGGAUCAGGAUCACAGCCGACUGCGCCUGGUAACAAAACUAGUCUGUCUCCAGAAAACAGAGAUAAAAUGAAAGCUCUACAAGUAAAUAUGAAUUUAAAACUUCUUAUUUUGCCUCAAGGACCAAAAAAUAGCAAGAACUGUUAUUGUGCGUGUGACAGCCAAGACCCGCCAAAACUAGUACCUCUAAAAGAGUUGCCAGCUGAAAUAAAUGGAGAU